GGAACUUCCGGUUCAAAAUGGCGCAUAAUCGGGCCAUUUCAGGGAUCUUGAAGAAUUUUCAAAUCCGGCCAAUAAAGAAAAUGAUAUUCAAAUUCGAUCCAUAUUCAUCAGACGUGAGAGCCAUCAGGGAAGUGCUUUAUGCACUACAUUCAGAUAAAAUUCUGUCAACCAAUUUAAACUGUGUACCCAAGGUGGAUAUCAUGUCGGAUCAGUCUGAGCCAGAGAUGAAAGUAGAUUUCACUGAUGGCCAGAAGGUGUUAUUCAAAACAAAAAAUUUAACAACUUUAGACGUUUUGCUGAAAUUACAUGGGAUGUGUACAGAAAAGGAUCCUAAAAAGCUGGAAACAAGUACAAUUGACACAAAAUCAUCUCGGAAAAAGGUUUCGAAAAAAUGAUACAGAGCAAUCUGUAUUGUGUAUGCAUUGUGUUGUGUGAAAACUGUGAGUAACCAGAGAGUUGUUAAAUUCUUCGUUAAAAGUGUUGGUGUCUAACUUGAAGGUGAUUACAGGAAAUUGAUCAGGAGUCAAGCUCUUAAGGCCCUGAAAGUAAAAUGAUAAAGAUUACUUCAUUCAUUAGACUGGAAGUGUGUGGGUAUAUAACUGGUUAAACAUUAUCUUUUGUAACCUUGCUCAAAAGUGAAGCAUCAAUAUCAUAUUCAUCAGCAUUUAAAAUUGAGUUUUUCAUGGAAGGGAAAAAUGCAUAGUAAAAUCUUAAAACGUCUGAAAAGUACAUACAAUACCAGGUACGAUGAUCUGACGAAAGAAUUGUAUAAAAUGACAAAGUUAACUGCUCAGCUGUUCUAUACAAGUGAAUCUAUGGUAUUUGAACGUCAAAAUGUAGGGAUUCUGCUGAAAUAUAAAAAGGAAGUGAAAAAUUGGUCGCCUUAUAUAAUAGGAAGACUAUGCAAAUAUGUAAAUAAAUACAUUGUAUAUCAUUAAUUUUUAAGAAAACCGAACUUAAGAAAUAUUUUACUAUAGCAAUUUGCUGUAAAUACUAAAAAUCUGUAUACUUGACACCUUCCGAUGAGUGGUAGUCUGUCCAACUGAAACAGAAACCCACUCCACUACUAUAAUACUUAGAUUCGAAAUUUUCUUUUCGAAUGGUACUUUAUAAGUUGGUAACAAUAUUACUAACAAGUAUGAGAUGCAGGGUGAAUCAUUUUUUGGAUUAAACGAGUAAAGAGUCUCCAUAAUGCUACAACACACAAACCUGAAUAUCAACAAAUUAUCAUAGAACCAUCUACCGGUAUUAAACAACAAAUUUCAGAAUUAAUUUCCCUUCACUUAUUGAUGCUCCAUAGCUACAGCACAGCCAGAUUUCAACCUAUCUACUGAGUAUGACAUUGUGUAAAUUGUAUAUCAAUGGAAAAAAUAUUUUGUGUGUGGAAAGAGAUGGAAGUAUUUGCAAUUGUGAUACAUGAGUUUUGUUUGUAAAAUAAAGUUUUUGGCUGAAUGAAAACAUGAAAUAAUUAUA